AUGAAACAUCUGGAUGAAAUUCACUUAAUCCUUAACAAUAACGCCCUUGACAUUCUUGCAAUUAAUGAGUCCAAAAUUGAUAAUCAGAUUUCAAAUAAUGAGAUACAUAUUGAUGGUUUUAAUAUAAUUCGUAAAGAUCGAAAUAGGUUUGGUGGUGGUGUGGUUCUAUAUGUUCGACAAAACAUAUCAUUCUCAGAUAGAAUAGAUCUAAUCCCUGAUGAACUUGAGAUGGUCUGCAUUGAAUUAAGUUUACCCUACAAUAAAUCACUGCUAAUAAGCACAUGGUAUAGACCACCAAAUUCUCUUAUGAAUAAAUUUGAUUACUGGGCAAGCUUUUUAUCAAAAUGUGAUAAUGAAGAUAAGGAGCUAAUCCUCAUAGGAGAUCUAAAUUGUGAUGUCAGUAAAACUAUACCUGACCCUCACACAUGUAAGUUGCAAUUUUUAUGUUCUCUGUAUCAGAUAGACCAACUUAUUAAAGAAUCUACAAGGCUAACUCCUAAAUCAGCUACACUAAUUGAUUUAAUAUUAACAAAUAGACCAGAAAAUAUUUCCAGAUCAGGUGUGAUCAUUCACCUGGGAAUUUCAGAUCACAGCCUUGUCUACGCUGUGAGAAAAUUUACACUACCGAAAGGAAGGCAAAAAAUUCGUCAGGUUCGUAACUUUAAAAACUUUGUCGAAAAUGAUUUCACUCGGGAUGUGUCUCAAUUGUCUUGGGAGAUGGUCUAUCAGUUUGGAGAUCCCAAUUUAUGUUGGCAAGUCUGGAAAUCACUAUUAUUAGAUGCACUUAAUAGACAUGCCCCUCUGCGCCACAAGCGAAUAACGAAUAACCCUGUCCCAUGGAUUAAUCCUCAAAUUAAAGAACUUAUGAGAAAAAGGGACUAUCACAAAAAAAAGGCCAUAAAAUAUGAUUCGGAGUUACAGUGGGAAUUGUAUAAAACACUACGUAAUGAA